ACUUCUCACAGACCUGGGCUCCACAAGGCUCCACAAGGCUCCACAAGGCUCCACAUUAACAUGUGGGGGACAUCUUGACCACAUAGCAUAGACUUCACUGUUCUAUCAUGUGUCAGUGUCCCUAACAGUUCAAGGAAAAUUAACAGAUUAAGAAACAUUUAAUUAGUUAUGUUGUUACCAUGGUUACUGCCAGUUCAGAUGGAGUUGCUUUUCCCACACGUUCUGGGGUUGUUUUAUAAUUUGACUGGUUGCCAUGGCUACUGAUGUUGUUGUUAAUGGAUAGUGGUCAUGAAUUGAAUUUAUACCUGAUGUUAAGAACUUUUCACGUCAUGUUUUAAUGUAGCAGUUACCUCCCCUGAAUCCUGUCAGUGCUGGUGAUCAGGGAUGUGUCAGAUAGGAGUUACCUCUCCUGGAUCCUGUCAGCCCUGGAAGGGAGGGGUGUGUCAGAUAGGAGUUACCUCCCCUGGAUCCUGUCAGCCCUGGAAGGGAGGGGUGUGUCAGAUAGGAGUUACCUCCCCUGAAUCCUGUCAGUCCUGGAAGGGAGGGGUGUGUCAGAUAGGAGUUACCUCCCCUGGAUCCUGUCAGCCCUGGAAGGGAGGGGUGUGUCAGAUAGGAGUUACCUCCCCUGAAUCCUGUCAGCCCUGGAAGGGAGGGGUGUGUCAGAUAGGAGUUACCUCCCCUGAAUCCCGUCAGUGCUGGUGGUCAGGGGUGUGUCAGAUAGGAGUUACCUCCCCUGGAUCCUAUCAGUCCUGGAAGGGAGGGGUGUGUCAGAUAGGAGUUACCUCCCCUGAAUCCUGUCAGCCCUGGAAGGGAGGGGUGUGUCAGAUAGGAGUUACCUCCCCUGAAUCCUGUCAGCCCUGGAAGGGAGGGGUGUGUCAGAUAGGAGUUACCUCCCCUGAAUCAUGUCAGCCCUGGAAGGGAGGGGUGUGUCAGAUAGGAGUUACCUCCCCUGAAUCCUGUCAGCCCUGGAAGGGAGGAGUGUGCCUACAGUGACAUCUUUACAUUGUUACCUUUGCAAAUACGAUUGUGACGAUUGUGAAUAAAUAUUUUUAUGAG